UUUAGUGGGAGAGAACUGGUUUAUGAUUCAAAAUAAACAACAUACAAAGGUAUGCAUAACGUAUGUUCGACCACAUAACAUUACAGCAACAACGUGCAACUCAAGUGAUUCCUUCCAACGAUGGGUUUGGACUCGGCACAGCCAACUAUAUCAUGUAGAAACAUCAAAAUGUAUUCAGCAAGGCAAAAUCAUUUUUACUGAUGAAACUUGGUACCUAGAUCUUCAAGAGUGUAACAUGACUGAGAAGAAACAGAAAUGGAAUUGUGACGCACCAUUUAGUAUUCGGAGAUUGGGUACUAAAACCACAGCUCAAGAGGUCAACAUCUACAUAACGUAUGAAAAUGACACGAUCUUGGCAAAAGUAGGCCUAAAUGUCGCUACGGCGACCUGGAUCCGAAAACAUCAGUCAAACACAAUGACCGAAAUCUGCUAUUCGUGUAAGUUCUUUUCAAUGCUCACCUUUUUUUUAUUUUACGUUCUGAUCGCAGAUGUAUUUUAAACCCCACAUUUCUGUAUAAUUAUACUAUCAGCUGCAUGCACAAAAUGUAUAAACGUACUCCUUACCGACAUAGGCGUACAGGAAGGAACAAAUUAGGGGGGCAGAAAGAAAUUUGCGCGACUUUUUCGAAUUGUACCCGACCAGUGUCCAAAAAUUUUUUUUCCGGAACACUAAAUUUUGGCGACCCCCCCCCCCCCGUCGCCAAAAAAAUUUCGGUCAGUGUACCAUUUUAGGGGUCCAAAAUUUUUCGGACAUACAAAAAUUUUUCAGAAUAUCAAAAAAUUUUCCCAAACAUCAAAAAAUUUACAUAAUUUCCCGCAAAAUUCGUAGAAUUUGUCCCAUUUAUUUUUAUAAUAACCCAAUAUUGCCCGACUGUGAAGCGAAUAUUGCCCAACUGGCUUUGUUUGCCCAACAAACUGGGGUUAUUAUUAAGAGAGAUUUUAUUGCUUUGACUACUUUUUCCCCGACUUUUCCCCGACUUUUGUUGAACAUUUGCCCGACUUUUCGACUUCGUAAUCUUUUUUUGGGGGGGGCAGCUGCCCCCCCCUGCCCCCCCCGUCCCGUACGCCUAUGCUUACCGAAAAAAAAUCACCAAUUCAUUGUAUAAGCGAGGUACAUACAUAAUUUGACUAAAUAGACGCUUAAGAAGAGUACAAGUAGUAUUUUCUAAAACUUGAGUAAAUUAAUGCACCCAUGCACAGUAGCCUCUCGUUCAAACGGAAAAGACGAACGGAGAAUGAGAGGGCCUGCUUUAUUUGAACGUAAAUAUGGGAUUGGUCAAUGUCAUGAGUUAAUUUAUUUUUUUUGAUUGACAUGUUUACGCACGAUGAAAUGCAUUUCUUUUGGCAGGGUUGUCCCCAGCUGUGUUUUUAUUGGUCAAUUUUAACAAGCCUUUAUUUGGGUGUUUAGUCACGAAAUCUGAAUUUUGUGCAGACCCCAUAGAUAUCUCAUAUACACUACAUAGCGCAUCUUGGAAUACAAAACUGAAGCCAAAACUCUCAGCGGUUUCCCCCAUGAAAAUAGGCGGCGGCCAUAUUGGUCGUUCCCACUCAUCAAUGAAAUGCUAUAGAAAAUACUAUACUUUUCGAGGCUUUUUUGCAUUUCUGGAUUAAAAAUACCUUUUUGAGGUACGUUUGCCUUGAAAUCGCAGCUUUUUUGGAAAAGGGUACAAGAAAAAAACAUUAAUUGGCGAUGUUGAUGUCUUUGAAUCGCAUUUUAAAGCUAAAAAUUUCGAAUUACGACAUUCUUUAUAUAUUUGUUUUGAAUCUGUGAAUGAUUCUCUGGUGAAGUAUCGUCUAAUCAAUACAUGUACUUACGGUUUCUGGCACCACUUAAACUUUAUGGAAAUGGAAGUUGGUAAGUAACGUUUCGACUAUCGGCGUAGGCAGUUUAUACUGUAAAAAAACAGAGUCUGCACUUUCAGUUUGGGCAGUUUUCACUGUUAAAUCUUUAGUGAAAUGUUUGAGACAGUCUGAGUCUGCACUUUCAGCUUGGGUAGUUUUCACUCUAAAUCUUUAGUGAAACGUUUGAGACAGAGUUUGCACUUUCAGCUUGGGCAGUUUUCACUAUAAAUUUUAGUAAAAUUAUGUUUGAGGCAGAGUCUGCACUUUCAGCUUGGGCAGUUUCAUAGUAAAUUUUAGUAAUAUUUAGCUUUCUCUGAUACAUUCUGUGUAAUCACUCACACUGGUGCUUAAAAGGUACAAGUUUAUUUAAUUUCUUUCUAAUUUUUUGUCCAGAUGAAUUCUCAGUGGUCUUUUUUCCAAAAUGGUAAAAUUAAACCUCACAGUAACUCUUGAUGAUGCUCUUGGUCAACUGAAAUAUAACAUGAUUUUCACCAACUGGUGAGUCAAAAAUAUGGUGAUCUAGCUCAGUAAAAAGAUUGUGUAUGGACAAUGAAGCCAGAACAUAUGGACAAUAAACAAUGAAGCCAGAACAGAAGUGGUCAGAACAUAUAAGUGUCUGCUUUCUGAGAACAGAACAGUAUGGACAAUGCAACCAGAACAAAAGUGGUCAGAACAUAUAAACAUCUGCUUUUUCGGUGACCACUUUUCUUGAUGAACAUUAUGUAUCAACUGUUUUCAUAGUACUUCAUCCUUAGGGAUGUUUAUCAUGUUAAUGCAAGUCUAAUUUCAAUCAAAAAUAAAUUGCUUACUGAUGAAAUGUCCUGGGAAGUUUUCUUUUGAUUUUUGAUUCUGUCACUUGACCCUUCACUAUUACUUCUUAUACUUUUUGCAUCAGGAAUGACUUUACCCAUUGCUAUGAAAUUUUCUGAGUUUAAUUCAAAUUUUUAAUUUCAAUUGGCACCAAAACUUCUUCAGGUCUCCAAAUUUUUUUUAAAAUUGGA